GAGUUAGAGAAGAAAAUCAUUCGUAGAAAAUGGCAGAGGUAGAAACUAAGCAAGAGAUAAAGGCUGCUACUGAGCCAGAGACAAAGGCUGUUGCUGAGCCAGAAACAAAGGCUGCUACUGAGCUAGGGACAAAGGCUGCAAAUGAGCAAGAGACAAAGGCGGCAACUAAGCCAGAGGCACUGGCUGAUAGUAUGGUUGGAGAGCUUUGGGUAGAUGUUGAUAUCAAAGCUUCUGCGGAGAAGUUCCACCAUAUGUUCGCUAAAAGACCACACCACGUGUCCAAUGUCACGCCUGGCCACAUUGGGGGAGUUGAGCUGCACGAGGGAGAGUGGGACAAAGUUGGAAGCAUAGUCUUGUGGAACUACAUUCAUGAAGGAAAGCCAAAAGUAGCAAAGGAUAGGAUCGAAGCGGUGGAUCCGGAGAAAAAUCUGAUAAAGUUCAGGGUCCUAGAGGGAGAUGUGAUGAAGGAGUACAAGACUUUCUUGUUAACACUCCAAGUAACACCAAAGCAAGGAGGAUCUGGAAGUGUAGCAAGGUGGCACAUGGAGUAUGAGAGGAUUCAUGACAAGGUAGCUCAUCCUGAGACUCUACUUCCAUUCUUGGAGUCAAUGUCCAAAGAGAUCGAUGAACACCUACUAUCUACUGAGUAGAACGAAGAGUUUAUUCUGCUUGUUUAAAACCCUAUAUAUGAUGCUCCGGUGCAUGCAUGUAUGUAUAGAUGCAUGUAUA